AUGGAUACGACUUAUGGGUGCGUUGCGUGUCACCUAGCCUACCUGGCUAGGAAGUAUCGGGAGUACGGGAAAGAGAAAAGUCAAGCCGAAUUCAACAGUCUAGCCCGGGACUUUUGGGAGUGCUGUCGAGGGAAGUUCUGGGCUGUGGAUGCUACCGCACAGCAAGAUUGCGAGGAGUUUUUCUUAGCUCUUAUAAAUAACUUGAUGGCCGAAUUUGACAUCCCAGAACGGGAUGUCCAGCCUUUGACACACAUGUUCCAAACGGUGUAUAAAGUGCGGACCAAAUGCCAGAACUGUGGCAUAGUUUCUUAUUCUCCAAAGAGCAUCGACUACGUUUUGCGCACUUCUCCGCCCGAGACCGGCUCAUUAACACUCCAUGAAGCCAUUGAGCGGACCUUUACUGAACACACUUCAGAUUAUCAUUGCAUUGAUUGCAGACAUACCGGGCCAGCAGUCCGUCGUACAGUCAUUAGGGAUGCGCCUGAAAUUCUCGUCAUUCGGGUUAACCGUCACCGCUCUGGGGGAGGCAAGCUAGUAAAUAAGAUACGAUACAAUGAGAAAUUUGACUUGACCGGCGCUCUUGAACCGUAUGCGAGAGAUAAGGAUAAGGAGCUCUUGAAAUAUGAGCUCUACAGCACGAUUUUCCAUGAAGGAAAUGACGUCCACGGCGGUCAUUACUACGCACAUGUGAGAACCCCCGAUGAUAGAUGGGUAUAUGUGAACGACGAGGAUAUCGGAGAGUCUUCUGCGAGCGACGCUCUCGGGGAUAACACGGAGGGGCAUUCUGCCUCAAGUGUGCCAUAUGUUUUGGUCUAUAUCCGAAAACCUUUCAACUGUCCGGACCCUGUAUCCAAGUUGACAACUGACGACAGUUUAUUCCACGAAACUUUAGCGACUAUCGACGAAUCGACGAUAAAGCAUAUCGAGCAGACGGACCGACCGUCAGGUCAAGACGUGCAAAAUCCUGCAAGUCAGAAUGACAACAGAUCUGAGGUAGAUUUAAAGGCGAGUUUUGAGUUCCCAAACCCGGGAGAGGAUUCAGAUAUCGAGGUUGGAAACUCGCCUCCAAUUCGUUCUGGCAUGCCCGCGCCUGUUGCGACAAAGUGGGAGGGCCAACCGGCAGAGAUCACAGUCAAGGUAACUAUGGGCGAAAUGGUUUUGACGGGAGUAUUAAGGGGUAUAUUAAAAAGAAGCCGCAGGCAAGUCUCUUCUCCUCGCAGAGGUUCGCUUCCGCCGGAAAGGCCACAAGGCGUGACAAAGAGACACAGGUUAUCGAAGCAAACCACCAGGAACGCGCAGACAGCGGAGGAUGCAUCCGGCGAUACAACCCCAAAGGCCACUACUCAAACAUCUGCAGCAGAGGCUGGUUGUCAUCAAUAG